AUGAAGAAAGGGAAGGCAUCGGGUUUAACGAUGGUGGUAUCAGAGAUGUUUAAAGGUUCUGAUGAUUUAGGGAUUGAAUGGUUAAUGAAUUUAGCAAAUCAGAUUGUCACAGAAGGUACUAUUCCCGAGGACUGGCGAAGAAGUAUAAUUAUCCCAGUAUACAAGGGGAAAGGUGAUCCUUUAGAUUGCGGGUCUUACAGAGCUAUUAAACUCUUGGAACAUGCAAUGAAAGUAUUUGAGAGAGUGUUAGAGAAGCGGAUAAGGGAACAAAUUAAAAUUGAUGAAAUGCAGUUUGGUUUUACAAAGGCACGACAGAAGCAAUUUUUGUGGUGA